AUGCAAAUAUUACAAGUACCAUCUGUAUCGGAACAUUCAAAAGAACACACGGCGAUAAUGGCAGAUAAUGAACAGCAAACCGGUGUAAAACUCGAGAACGAUCAGUCGUUAAGAGACCUGGGGGUUAACGUUCUUUCCCAGAGGAGUUUGGAGGAUAGAAUAGCCAAUGAUGUAACCAAUUUCAGUAACCUACAAACUUUGCAGCAAGAAGAGACCCGUUUAGAGCGUAGCCAGACUGCCCUGCAGCGAUAUUUCAGCAAGAAGAACAUUCUCGCCAGAAAGUUGGACAAUGCAGCCAGGAUAUCUGUUAAGCAUAACCUUCGAAAUCAGAUUAAAGAUUUGCAAUCUAAUGAUAUUGAGCGGGUAUUGAGAGACAUCGAAGACAUUCAAUCAAGGAUCAAAGACUUGAAAGUGCAGAUAAAUCAAGGGGGUGAAAAUAGGACUGCUAAAGAGGGACUGCAAAGGAUUGGAGAAAGUGAGAAGGAAUUUCUGAUUAGGACUGGUAAGAUCACUGCAUUUGGUCACAAGGCUGGUUUCAGUUUAGAUGCUGCUGACACAGAACAUGGAGACGAUGAGGAGCAAAAUGAUAAAGAUUUUGAAGUGGCUACGGAACAAAUGGUAGAGAACUUGACUGAUGAAGAUGACAACCUUAGUGACCAAGACUUUCAAAUGAGUGGUGAACAAAGCGAGGAAGAUAAAGAAGAGGAAAGCGACGAUGAGAUCCUUGAAGACUUGGAAGAUCUGGAGUCAAGAAACCAACCUGGUGAGGCAAAGGAUGAUGGUGAUGAGUCGUAUUACCAGGCAAGAUUGAAGAGAUGGAUCAAACAGCGUUCUGCUGAUAGAAAAAAGACAGCGGAUCUGCCAGAAUGGCGAAUGCAUCAUCCCAAUAUUCCCGACGCAAAGCUUAAUAAUGAGUUCAAAAUACCCGGUGAAAUUUACUCACUAUUGUUUGAUUACCAAAAGACGUGUGUGCAGUGGCUCUAUGAGCUUCACCAGCAGAACUGUGGUGGAAUUAUCGGUGACGAAAUGGGUUUAGGGAAGACAAUUCAGAUUAUCGCAUUUAUUGCAGCAUUACAUCACUCAGGUUUAUUGACAGGGCCAGUUUUGAUAGUUUGUCCUGCGACAGUGAUGAAACAAUGGUGUAAUGAAUUACAUCAUUGGUGGCCCCCAUUAAGGACAGUCAUAUUACACUCUAUGGGAUCAGGAAUGGCUACAAAUCAAAGAUUCAAAAUGGAUGAAAAUGAACUAGAGAACCUGAUAAUGAAUUCAAAUCCAGGGGACUUUUCAUACGACGAUUGGCAAAAUUCAUCAAAGACAAAGAAAGCCUUAGAAUCAAACUACCAUCUGGAUAGACUAAUAGACAAAGUCGUCACUGAUGGUCACAUUUUGAUUACUACUUAUGUCGGGUUAAGAAUACAUUCAGAUAAUCUACUGAAAGUGAAGUGGCAGUAUGCUGUUUUAGAUGAAGGCCAUAAAAUCAGAAACCCAGAUUCAGAAAUUUCGCUAACGUGUAAAAAGUUGAAGACACAUAAUAGAAUUAUUCUUUCGGGAACACCAAUUCAGAAUAAUUUAACUGAACUUUGGUCACUUUUUGAUUUCAUCUUCCCCGGUAAAUUGGGGACUUUGCCUGUUUUUCAACAACAGUUUGUAAUACCGAUAAAUAUGGGGGGUUAUGCAAAUGCUACCAAUAUACAAGUUCAAACUGGUUAUAAAUGUGCUGUAGCAUUACGUGACUUGAUUUCUCCAUACCUUCUACGUCGUGUGAAAGCCGAUGUUGCUAAAGAUUUGCCCCAGAAAAAGGAAAUGGUUCUAUUUUGUAAACUCACGAAGUACCAAAGAAGCAAGUAUUUAGAAUUCCUACACUCGUCAGACCUAAAUCAAAUCCAGGAUGGCAAAAGAAAUGUUCUGUUUGGCAUCGAUAUUUUAAGGAAAAUAUGCAAUCACCCUGAUAUACUUGACAGAGAGACGAAGAGGAAUGAUUCAAGCUACGGUGACCCAAAAAGAUCCGGAAAAAUGCAAGUUGUUAAACAACUGCUAUCACUAUGGCAUAAGCAAGGCUAUAAAGCACUGCUAUUCACCCAAUCGAGACAGAUGCUGGAUAUCCUAGAAGAGUUUAUAUCAAGGAAGGAUCCUGAUUUAUCAAAUUUAAGGUACUUAAGAAUGGAUGGUACAACGAACAUCAAGCGUAGACAGUCCUUAGUGGAUCAAUUUAAUAAUGAACCUUUCGAUGUGUUCUUACUGACCACAAGAGUUGGGGGGCUAGGUGUCAAUUUAACUGGUGCUAAUAGAAUUAUUAUAUUUGAUCCAGACUGGAACCCAUCUACUGAUAUGCAGGCAAGAGAAAGAGCAUGGAGAAUUGGACAGAAAAGAGAGGUGUCGAUAUACAGAUUGAUGGUGGGAGGUUCUAUAGAGGAGAAGAUCUAUCAUAGGCAAAUAUUUAAACAAUUCUUAACCAAUAGAAUUUUGACCGAUCCUAAACAGAAGCGAUUUUUUAAAAUUCACGAAUUACAUGAUUUAUUUUCACUUGGUGGCGAAAAUGGCUACUCUACAGAAGAAUUGAGUGAAGAGGUUCAGAAGCACACCGAAAAUUUGAAAAACUCCAAAUCGCAAGAAAGUGAUGAUUUCGAGCAAUUACUUAACUUAUCUGGUGUUUCUAAACUGGAAAGUUUUUAUAACGGUAAGGAGAAAAAACAAAACAGUAAAUCGGAAGACGAUAGAUUAAUUGAAGGUUUGUUAGGUGGAGAAAGCAAUUUAGACACGGUUAUGAGCCAUGAUUCAAUAGUGAACUCACACUCGAGCAGAUCCUCUUCCAAUUUAAUUACAAAAGAGGCUUCUAGAGUAGCGAACGAUGCAGUAAGUGCACUAAGGAAAUCGAAGAUGAUAAUCACUAAACGCCAUGAAAUUGGGACACCUACUUGGACAGGAAGGUUUGGUAAAGCAGGUAAAAUCAAGAAAGGAGGUUUAUCAAGAAAUAAACAAUCCGGGUCGGCUGCCAUUUUGGGAAGUAUCGUCAAAUCGCAGAAAGAAGCGUCCAAAGAAGCACAUCAGGAAAACCUUAGCAAUGAGAUUAACAUCCCAGAAUCUGAUGAACUUGAUUCCAAUACUAGAAUAUUAAAGGAUAUUCAAAAAUAUUUACAGAAACAGAAUAACUUUUUUUCAUCCAGUGUUGGCAUUCUCAACAACAUCGGCGUCAAUCUUUCUGAUAAAGAAGAUGUUAUCAAAGUCAGAGCAUUAUUGCGGACCAUAGCCAAAUUUGAUAAAGAGCACAAGGGAUGGGUACUUGAUGGAGAGUUUAGGUCUAGCGAUGAUUAA